UCGUAUCGCGCGGACGUGUGUUCUUUCGUCGCGUUCCUUUCCUCGAACUUAUAUCCCUCGACAGUAUGACAACGUCAAUCGAAACUUUUUCCGGGAACUCGUGUCGAUCAUACCGCGUGGUCCUCUUCAUUUCAAAAGUUUCCGAGUAACAGAAAUUCGCGUUAACCCUAAGGUUGUUUUAGCACAAGUGGGGAACAGUGUUGUGUUGUCGAAAAGAGUGCAGUGUAUCUACAGAGAAAUAAAAUCCCGCGUUUGAUUUCGGUUCACGAAAUGGAGCCGAGAUACUUCUCCGAGGGAUUUUCAUCCUUGGAGACCGCCAGAAAUCCCUCGCUCGGUUGGAUCGCUGGCGGUAACGGGCGUUUAACGUGCCUCUUGAUCUGGUAACGAUAUUUAUGCACGCGGUGCACGGAGUGCCGGUUUCAGGCCUCGGUUUCUAGUGUUAUGUGUGAAUGUGCCGGUUCCUCGAUCACCGAUAAAUCAUGCCGUUCGUGCUGCGAAGAGUGGAGCCGCGUUUCUUGUGCCGCGGACACGUGCCGGGUGGUUCGACGCCGCAGGGUUGGCCAGUGAGUGCCGAAUUGGAGGCGGUUGCAAACGGUGCCUUGACCAUUUCUUUGAAACAACUCGCGUCACUUCUCACCAUCGCAGAGGACAUAUUCGCCGAACUGACCGCCGAGCUGACUGCGGUUGCUGAUAGGAGCAGCAAUCUACGACAGAGACUGGAUAAAGUCGAGGAACAUCUCCUUACCGUCGACCCGAAGAAAAUACCAGUCCGUUAGUUCACGAAGUUUGAAAAUAGACAUAUUUAGAAGUAUUGUUAAUCCAAUUAAUCGGAG